UCGGGGCGCCGCUGGUCCCGGCCCGCCGCGUUCCCGGAGCUGCCAUGGGCAAGGUGAACGCCGCCAAGCUGCGCUACCUGAGCCGCGAUGACUUCCGAGUCCUGACGGCGGUUGAAAUGGGCAUGAAGAAUCAUGAAAUAGUUCCCUGCAGUUUGAUUGCAUCCAUAGCCAGCCUCAAACAUGGUGGCUGUAAUAAAGUUUUAAGAGAAUUAGUGAAACAUAAACUCAUUGCUUGGGAACGUACCAAAACUGUGCAGGGCUAUCGGCUGACAAACGCAGGCUACGAUUACCUGGCAUUGAAAACUCUCGCCGCUAGACAAGUCGUCGAGUCUGUGGGAAACCAAAUAGGCGUUGGCAAAGAAUCUGAUAUUUACAUUAUUGCUGAUGAAAAAGGCCAGCAGUUUGCAUUAAAGCUUCACAGGCUGGGAAGGACCUCGUUUCGGAACCUGAAAAACAAGCGUGAUUACCAUAAACACAGGCAUAACGUGUCUUGGCUUUACUUAUCUCGUCUCUCUGCAAUGAAAGAAUUUGCCUAUAUGAAGGCAUUACAUGAGAGGGGUUUUCCAGUUCCAAAGCCAGUUGAUUAUAACCGCCAUGCUGUGGUCAUGGAACUCAUAAGUGGUUACCCUCUAUGUCAGAUACACCAGGUUGAAGAUCCUGCAUCAGUAUAUGAUGAAGCUAUGGAGCUAAUUGUCAAGCUGGCGAAUCAUGGGCUGAUUCAUGGAGACUUCAAUGAAUUCAAUCUCAUUUUGGAUGAAGAGGACCACAUCACCAUGAUUGAUUUUCCGCAGAUGGUCUCGACUUCUCAUCCCAACGCAGAAUGGUAUUUUGACAGAGAUGUUAAGUGCAUUCGAGAUUUCUUCAUGAAGCGCUUCAACUAUGAAAGCGAGCUUUACCCAACUUUCAGUGAUAUCAAGAGGGAGGACUCUCUGGACAUUGAGGUCUCUGCCAGCGGCUAUACAAAGGAAAUGCAAGCGGAUGACGGGCUGCUUGACCCAGCGGGCCCCGACGAGGAGUCCCAGGAUGCAGGGGAUGGAGCUGGCUCCUCGCUGUCCGAGGAAGAAGCACCCGGAGCAGAGGACGGAAGGAUGCCACACUCUGUGGCUGCCUCAGUUGGCCAUGGGCUCGGGUCCUCAGGGGCCUGGGACCUCCCGGAGGAAGAGGCAGAGCACCCUGGCGCACAGGCUUUCAGAAUGACCAAGCUCAGUCAGGCGCUAGGCGAGAUGAAAGAGCAGGUUGCAGAAAGCACUUCUCUGGCUGAGUUCUCCAAGGAGAAACAGACAGGUGACAACAACGAUGACCUGGCUGCGGGCUCCGAUGAGUGCGGAGACAUGUGCCCUCAGCUCAUUGCCCUGCACCCGCCCCUGGAGCCCGGGCUGCUCAGAGAUGAAGAUAUAGAAAAUGUUCACCAGUCUCGAACACGAACUCUGAGUGUCACUUCUGCAGGCAGUGUUUUAAGCUGUUCAACCAUUCCUCCGGAACUGGUAAAACAAAAGGUGAAACGCCAGUUGACCAGACAGCAAAAAGCAGCUGCCAGACGUCGGUUGCAGAAAGGGGAAGCGAAUGUAUUCACCAAACAACGAAGAGAAAACAUGCAAAAUAUAAAAUCAAGCUUAGAAGCAGCCAACUUUUGGGGAGAUUAAUAUGUUUAUGUCAUGACUAUUUCUGUAUAUAUAUAUUUUUAAUCCUUCCAGAGCAUCCCUUAAUAAACUCUUAUACAUUUGA